AUGGACGCCCUCACGGUCCAGGCUUCGAGGAUGCCUGCUGUCAGCCGUCAACCCGUCGAAGGUUGGGUCGGCGAUACGGCAACACCUGCUAUCAGCGAGUCUCCUGUUUUUACGCUUCCGGCCUCCGCUGACAUUGGCAAGAAUGUCUUGCCAAACAUCGAUGAUCCCGAAGCUGUCGACCCCCAGAAAGUGUGUUCCGGCUACAGGGCAUCCAAUGUCCAUGAGACAGAGAGCGGGUUUUGGGCGGACCUCGACCUCGCCGGCCCUGCCUGCAACGUCUACGGUAACGAUGUUGAACAUCUGAGCCUCUCCAUCGAGUUUCAGGGGGCCAGCCGCGUCCAUGUCGAGAUCCAACCACGCUACAUUGGGGCCAAUAACGAGACUUGGUUUCUCCUGCCGGAGGAACUCGUCCCCCAACCGUCGACUGAGCACGGGCGUCAUGUGGAGGCGUACAAUUUGGCGGUAUCAUGGUCGAAUGACCCGUCGUUUUGGUUUUCUAUCACGCGUGUGGACACUGGAGAUGUCCUCUUUUCCACAGAGGGCAAAGCCCUUGUGUACGAGAACCAAUUCAUCGAGUUUGCUUCGUCGCUUCCCGAGAAUUACAAUCUGUACGGCCUUGGAGAGGUCAUCCAUGGAUUCCGUCUCGGAAACAACUUGACGAGGACACUCUUUGCUGCCGAUGUGGGCGACGUGAUCGAUGCCAACCUCUACGGAAGCCAUCCAAUAUACCUCGACACUAGGUACUUCGCCGUCGACGAUUCAGGGGCACUCACCUACUCCUCCGACGCGACGGACAAGUCGGUCAAGUAUGUGUCAUAUACCCAUGGCGUGUUCCUCCGCAACGCCCAUGCGCAGGAAAUCCUCCUCCGGCCGUCUGGGAUUACGUGGAGAUCGCUGGGAGGGAGCAUCGACCUGUACUUUUACAGCGGCCCCCAAGCGAGCGACGUGAUCGCUUCCUACCAACAGACAACAACCGGGCUACCUGCUAUGCAGCAGUACUGGACUUUUGGUUUUCAUCAGUGUCGCUGGGGGUAUGAAAGCUGGGCAGCCCUGCAGGACGUGGUGGAUAACUUUGCCAAGUUUGAGAUACCACUGGAGACUAUCUGGACCGACAUCGACUACAUGAGACAAUACCGCGACUUUGAGAACGACCCUGUGAGAUACAGCUAUGAUGAAGGCGCCAAAUUUCUAGACAAGCUUCACGCAAACCACCAGCAUUUUGUCCCCAUCGUAGACUCUGCCAUUUACGCCCCGAACCCGAGCAGAAAGGACGACGCCUAUGCUCCGUUCCAACGCGGACUGGAGGCCGAUGCGUUUGUCUUGAACCCAGACGGUACCAUCUACUACGGGGCUGUAUGGCCUGGUUUCACCGUAUUCCCCGACUGGGUCGGUGCUGUGCUCAACGGUAGCGGUGCGAUUGACUGGUGGAUUGACGAGCUGUCGAGGUGGUCGAAGAAGGUGUCUUUUGAUGGGAUAUGGAUUGAUAUGUCAGAGGUUGCCUCGUUCUGUGUUGGUAGCUGUGGUUCUCGAAACCUGACACUCAACCCAGCACAUCCUCCGUUUGAUCUCCCUGGAGAGCCCAACAACCCAGUUGUACGCUAUCCGGAAGGCUUCGAGCGCACCAAUGGGUCCGAAGCCGCUUUUGCGUCCUCGGCCGUCCACAAGCGGGAGGUAGCAGUCCCAACACCCACCAGUUCGACAACCUACCUCCGCACCACCGCGACUCCUGGAGCGAGGAACGUAAAUUGGCCUCCCUACGUGAUCAACAACUUCCACGGCGACUUGGCCGUACAUGCGAUCAGUCCCAACGCAACGCACCACGGCGGGUAUCUUCAAUACGACUUCCACAACCUCUUCGGGCACCAGAUCCUAAACGCCACCUACCAAGCUCUGCUCAAAGUCUUCCCCGAGAAACGCCCCUUUAUCAUCGGGCGUAGCACCUUUGCUGGGUCUGGCCGAUGGGCCGGCCACUGGGGCGGUGACAACGAAGCGCUCUGGGCACACAUGUACUUCAGCAUCCCGCAGGCGCUUUCCUUCUCCGUCUUUGGCAUCCCCAUGUUUGGCGUCGACACCUGCGGGUUCGGCGGCAACACCGACUACGAGCUAUGCGCGCGCUGGAUGCAGCUCAGCGCCUUCUUCCCCUUCUACCGCAACCACAACGUCCUCGGCGCCAUCCCACAGGAACCGUACAUCUGGAGCAGCGUCACGGCGGCCACCAAGACCGCGAUACGCAUCCGUUACACCCUGCUGCCGUACUUGUACACGCUCAUGACCCGAGCCAGCCUGACGGGCAGCACGGUCAUGCGCGCGCUGGCGUGGGAGUUCCCCAACGAGCCGUGGCUGGCGGCCGCAGACCGGCAGUUCCUGCUCGGCAGCGCGGUUCUUGUAACGCCGUGCUUGGAACAGGGCGCGGAUACUGUCGAUGGGGUGUUCCCUGGUGUGGGGGACGGUGUGGUCUGGUACGAUUGGUACACCUCCAAGAUCGCGACGGCGGGUGUGCAGCCAGGGCAGAACGUCACGAUCGGUGCGCCGCUAGGGCAUAUUCCGGUGUAUCUGCGCGGGGGCAACGUGGUGCCGGUACAGGAACCGGGAAUGACGACGAAGGAGAGCAGGGAAAAUCCGUGGGGGUUGAUUGUGGCGUUGGAUCGGGACGGGACGGCGGAGGGGGAUUUGUAUCUGGAUGACGGAGAAAGCUUGGAGCCGGCCGCGGUUAAGUGGGUGCAUUUCACGGCCACGAACACAACCAUCGUCGCAGAACCCCUAGGCGACUACGUCGACAACCACCCCCUGGGCAAUAUCACGGUCAUGGGAUUAGCCAAAGGGCCUGUGAGGAUCUGGGUGAAGAGCCAGGUGCUGGGUGUGAAGAGCUGGAAAUAUGAUGCAGGAGCGGCCGCGUUGUCACUGUUUGGGUUGGAUCGCUACUUUCCCCAGGGUGCGUGGGUAGAGAAUUGGGAGAUCAACUGGGAGUAG